UGAAAAGUUUUUUUAUUCCACUCUUUGACACAUUUGACAUUUUAAACAGACCUUUUACCCUACAUUGAGAAUAGACCUUGAGACUAAUGAAAUACCAGAAACUGGAUCAGAGUUUGCUGUUUGUCUCUGGGCUUGAGAGCUAAGUAAGUGGGAAAGCGUAAGUUAUCUUUCUUGGUAGGUGAACCUAAGUGUAGUGGUGGGACCCGAACCCUCCAACCUUGGUUCAUGGCAAAGCUGUAUUUUUUGGUAAUGUUAACAAAUGGUUAAUCAGAUGGUGUUUGGAAGGAUCUGAAAGGAACAUGGCUUCAAGGUAAUUAUCCUGAAUCAAGUGGAUUUGUGACAGAAAAGGUAAACGAGUCAUGGCAGCUAGUCUUGUGGGAUUACGUGUUGGGUCUCUUGAGCUGAGUGGCUGGAAUGUUGGAAGGAAAUUACUGUUGAUGGCUGGUGUGCCCUGCCGGACAGCGGCAGGAAGUUUCAGAACACAGUUGGCUUUAAUAUCGUCCCGUAUAGAACUUCAUCUGCAUAAGCAUUCAUAUGACAGCAAUUCUUUCUGCCGCUGGCAAUAUUUUCCUCUAGUCAUUUCUCUGACAAAUAAGAAUGAUUGCAAGCUGGAGUUGUAUGCGUGCAUCUGUAAAUGUAAAUUGUAGGAGAUUUAUGUACAUCCAUAUAAAAUCCCUCCUUUCCUGCUAAGACUUUAGUAAGUUGAUUCUUUUCCCUUAUAGAUGUGUAAAAUUAAAGAGGUCAGAGCUUGGAUGUAAGCUCUGCUCCCAAAGGACAGCUGUGCUGUUAUCAUUCAUAACUUAUAUUCUUAUAGGCACUUUUGCUGUGGCAUGCUUGGUGAGCUCUGUAAAGUAGUAUUUUUUUUUUCACUCGUAUAGCAUCCAUCUCAGAUACAGAGAAGAGGAAUUAGAAUGAAGUACAGGAAUUAUAGUUAAGCCAUGCUACUUUUUACAGGAAAGAGGUUAGAACAUCCCCUGAAUGUAUACAGCUAUCAUCCCUGAUAGAUAGAUGUGAUAUGAUUAGGGUAGUGAGUAAUAAAGAAACUACUCUGAAAGGUCAGUGUAAGUGGAAAUAGCCAGGCAGCAAAAAAAAUGUGACGGGGGCUGUGAAGCACAGUGCCCGUGGUUAAUACCUAGAACUUUUUGCCUGCUUAUUUGCAGAACCCCUUCUGAAUGAGGUUUUAAGCUCCCAGAGGGCAGGGAACAUCACUUCACGUGAACUCUUCAUUAGCAUCUAGUGUAGUCUGACCACACAAUGACGAUGGCGGGAUUAACGGGACCUAAUGGAUCUCCUGGCUCUGUUGGACCGAGAGGACAGAAAGGAGAACCUGGCGUGCCAGGACCUCGUGGAUUUCCAGGCCGUGGUAUUCCUGGACCUCCUGGUCCUCCUGGGGGAGCAGGCCUCCCCGGAGAGCUUGGCCGUGUUGGACCAAUUGGUGACCCUGGGAGAAGAGGACCACCGGGCCCCCCUGGUCCCCCGGGACCCAGCGGAACAAUUGGCUUUCAUGAUGGAGAUCCAUUGUGUCCCAAUUCCUGUCCACCGGGUCGCUCUGGAUAUCCAGGCCUGCCAGGCAUGAGGGGUCAUAAAGGGGCUAAAGGAGAGAUUGGUGAACCUGGAAGACAAGGUCACAAGGGUGAAGAAGGAGACCAGGGCGGAAUUGGACAGGUUGGAGCUCAAGGACCUCCGGGAGCCCAAGGUUCGAGAGGCAUCACUGGCAUAGCUGGGGCCAAAGGGGAAAAAGGCGCUCGGGGCUUAGAUGGAGAACCCGGACCACAAGGUCUCCCUGGUGCACCUGGUGAUCAAGGGCGGCGAGGACCUCUAGGAGAAACAGGUCCCAAGGGAGACAGAGGGGCUCAAGGUUCUCGAGGAAUUCCUGGUCUCCCUGGGCCCAAGGGCGACACGGGCUUGCCAGGUGUGGAUGGCCGGGACGGGAUACCUGGAAUGCCGGGAACAAAGGGUGAACUAGGGAAACCUGGACCUCCUGGGGAAGCAGGGUUGCAGGGGUUACCUGGUAUACCUGGAAUUCCUGGCGCAAAGGGUGUUGCCGGUGAAAAGGGUAACACAGGUGCUCCAGGGAAGCCCGGUCAACUGGGGAAUUCAGGCAAACCGGGCCGCCAGGGGCCACCAGGAGAGGUGGGACCCCGAGGACCUCGGGGCCUCCCUGGCAGUAGAGGUGAAGAAGGACCAGUAGGACCCCCAGGACUACCAGGUAAACUGGGUUCUCUCGGCAGACCUGGCUUCCCCGGCUUGCCUGGCCCCCCUGGACUUCCUGGAAUGAAAGGUGACAGGGGCGUAGUUGGUGAACCUGGUCCAAAGGGUGAACAGGGUGCCUCUGGUGAAGAGGGAGAACUGGGAGAAAGGGGUGAACUGGGAGAUAUAGGAUUACCUGGCCCAAAGGGAUCUGCAGGUAGUCCUGGGGAGCCUGGCUUGAGGGGACCGGAAGGAAGCCGGGGGCUUCCUGGGGUGGAAGGACCACAAGGACCCCCUGGCCCGCGAGGCGUGCAGGGAGAACAGGGCGCCACCGGCCUGCCUGGGAUCCAGGGCCCUCCCGGCAGAGCACCCACCGAUCAGCACAUUAAGCAGGUUUGCAUGCGAGUCAUUCGAGAGCAUUUUGCUGAGAUGGCUGCAAGUCUCAAGCGUCCGGACUCCGGAGCCUCGGGCCUCCCCGGGCGGCCUGGCCCCCCUGGUCCCCCAGGCCCCCCUGGAGAGAACGGUUUCCCAGGCCAGAUGGGACUUCGAGGCCUCCCGGGCAUGAAAGGCCCCCCCGGGGCUCUUGGUUUGAGGGGAGCGAAAGGUGACAUGGGGGAAAGAGGUGAUCGUGGCCCCCCAGGAAGAGGUCCCAAAGGUUUGCCCGGGACUUCAGGUCUCCCAGGUGACCCAGGUCCUGCCAGCUACGGGAGGAAUGGCCGGGAUGGUGAGCGAGGCCCCCCAGGGGUGGCAGGCAUCCCUGGUGUACCCGGCCCCCCGGGGCCUCCUGGCCCUCCUGGUUUCUGCGAGCCAGCCUCCUGCACCUUACAGGCUGGGCAGCGGGCAUUUAAUAGCAAAGGUCCAGAUCCAUCAAAGGCUUAGUGCAGCACGGCUGUCUGCACAAACCAUGCCUGGCGAAGGGCUUGGAGGAGAAACGCCCCCAGAAGCCAGGGCCCAGGUG